CUCAGUCUAACAAAUAUGGCUGCGCCCAUGUGGAAAUCAGUUCCUUGUAAAAUUUCAGAGCUUUGCCUGGAUCGAGCACUUGCAUGUGGGCAGUCAUUCAGGUGGAAAGAAUAUGUUCCUGGUGUUUGGACUGGAGUGAUUGGCGAUGCAGUGUGGCAGCUACGUCAGACACAUUCUGAAUUGUUCUAUAAAGUUUAUAGAAAUACCUGCGAUGGAAAUCAAGAAUCCACCAUUAAAUCUGAAAUUGAAGCAGAACCAGACUUGAAAACAACAGCUACAGUGAAGAAAAGAAAGAGAAACACCCAGAAAACAGAUGGCAUAAAAUGUGUCAAGAUUAAGGAAGAAACAAUUGAAAAUGGAGUAUCACAAGUACAGGUGAAACAGGAAAUACAAGAAUAUUCCAGCCUUGAAAAUAGACUUAAAACCUCGUCUGACAUCAAACAUGAGGAUAUUAAAGAUUUUGACAUUUUAAAAGACUAUUUUCAACUUGGUAUAAAGUUAGAAGAUAUGUAUAAAACUUGGUCAGAAGCGGACAAACACUUUGAAGAGAUAUCGAAACAGUUCACAGGAAUACGGAUGAUUCGACAAGACCCAGUGGAAUGUUUGUUUUCAUUUAUAUGCUCUUCUAAUAAUCAUAUAUCGAGAAUUACCUCUAUGGUGGAUAAAUUAGCUGAGCAUUAUGGACAAAAGAUUUUGGUUACCAGUUGUGUAGAUGGUGUAGAUUUUUAUACAUUUCCUAAAAUAGAAGCACUAGCAGCUGAAGGUGUAGAUCAAAAACUGCGUGACUUAGGCUUCGGGUAUAGGGCAAAAUAUAUACAGCAAUCUGCAAGAUUUAUAAAAGACAAUGGAGGAGAGGAAUGGCUGUAUUCACUGCGGGGCAUGGAGUAUAAAGAUGCCAAGAGGAAUCUUGUUAAAUUGUGUGGUGUUGGUGCAAAGGUUGCAGAUUGUGUGGCACUCAUGUGUUUAGAUAAGCCAGCUUCCAUUCCAGUAGACACUCAUGUAUGGCAGAUUGCAGCUAGAGAUUAUAUGCCAAAACUGAAACAAGCGAAGUCUCUCACUGAUAAACUGUAUGAUGAAAUAGGUGAUUACUUCAGGAAUCUGUGGGGUCCUUAUGCAGGGUGGGCACACAGUGUGCUGUUCACUGCAGAUCUGAAACAGUUCAAAGAUGGCAAAAAAGAGUCUCCAAAGAAGAAGGCGGUGAAGAGGAAAAGUGAAGAUCUCCUUCAAGAAACAAUACAGAAAUCUGAAUCAAAAUGAGAAUUUCCCUCAUAACUUUUAGUCAAACUUACCUGUCUAUCUCCCCUUGAAGUAGAGGCUUAGUAUAUAGUAAAUUUUUCACAUUUUGCAGAAUACAGAACCACUUUCGCCUUGUGAUACUAAUUUUCAUGUGGGGAAGUUGGUAGUUACUUGCGGAGAACAGGUUUUAACUGGUACAGAACCCAGGAACACUGGUUAGGGCAACUACCUGCUGUGUUACAUGUUUUGAUUGGGUGAAAGAAAAUGUAUUUCAACCCUACUUGUGUUACUGUUUGCAGACUUUAAUGCCUUGCAUUAUGACUUUCUUAAGUACCACUGUAUCGAUCUUAUUAAGUUAUAGUCGCUUGAAGUGCCCUAACUACCUUAUGUUAAACAGCAUUCUGGGAAAUGAAAAGCUGACCUCUAGUGAGUGGGAAUUUAAUCACCUACAGGUAAUUUAGGAGAGGGUGUCUGUAAUUAGGACCAUUUAUUUUGUAAGAAAAAGAGGUCAGUAAUUGUUAACAUUGUUAAGUAAGUUACACUUUUAAUCACUUUAGGAUUAUAUAUUUUGUACAUUUUUGGUGAUUUUCUGUAUGUCUUAACAUGCUUAAGGACUGUCUUUAUUUUCUAAUUUUAUCAGUAUUCUUUGGAAUAAUACAUGUAUAUUUACUGAUAGUUUUGCCAGAUAUUACGUAGUCAUUUAGGCUGAACACCGCUAAAUCCAGCUGUUCAUUAUUUCAUAUAAAAUCCACUUACUUUAUAAUGGUGUUUUGACAUUUUCUAGCAUAUCAGAUUUUCAGAGACUUAUAUUCCCAUAAAGAACUAUAUCGCUACUUUAGAAAAACAAAAAGAAAAGGGGGUGUUAACUUUUAUAUAAGAAAACUACAGUUUUGGCAAAUUUUCAAAAAAAAUCUUGUUACUUAUGUCAGUUUUGGCACAGUGACUGUUAUUCAUGCAUUUUACUGGUGAUACUUCAUUUGAACUCUUAGAAAAUUUUGCCUUUCUGUUUUAGCUAAUUUUAGAUGGAAGAGCUUAAAACAGUUUAGCACUCUGUCAUUUGACAACAGUAGUUUCUCAUCUGCUGAAAAAUGAGCAAAAGUGACAUAAGUUUUUCAAAUAACUGCAUUGAUAAGCUAUUUUUCAUUAAUAUUGCCAAAAUUUUGCAUAUUAAAUGAAUGUAAUAGUUAUUAACUUUUUGUCAUGCAAUUUGUGCAAAUAGUUUAUUAGUUAGUCUUACUUGUUGAACUUGGCUUACAUUUUUGCAUGUUACUUAUCUGAGUACGUUCAAACUCACCACAAGUCUUAGGCAACAUGGGGUUAUCUCACAGAACAUAUUUCAUAGGUAACUGUGGCUUACAUUUUGUCAAAAUUAUGCCCCUUUAUACCACAGAAAUUUUGUUAUGCAGUCCAAACUGUAUGACUCAAUGUUAUCAAACUCCAUACAGACACGUCUUUCGCAUAAUGAGGUGGCCUUACUUUACAAGUUUUAUAACUCGGGCUUUGAUUUGGGCAAAAUUAUGAUGAUUUUUUUUACUUUAAAAUGUUGAAAGUUUUGCAUUUAAGCAUGUUCUCAGGAACUAUAGACAGAGAGGGGCUAAUGGUUAAGGUUGCUGACGUAGAAUCACUUGCCCCACACCAGUGUGGGUUUGAGGCUCACUUGGGGCAUUGAAUUCUUCAUGUGAGGAAGCCAUCCAGCUAAAUAACAAAAGGUCAGUGAUUCUACCCAUGUGCCCAUCUGUGAUGAAAUAAUACACAGAGUGGAACCUGGGGUCUUCCUCUGCCCUCAAAGCUAGAAAGUCGCCAUUUGAGCUAAAUUGUGUCCGUACAAUGUUAAAACCAACAAAACAAAUACAUGUAUAAGACAGAGUUCUUUCAAAUUUCGUAAGAUAUAUCAUAAAAUGACCAUCUUCUGAACCAGGUUCGAUAUUUCUGAUUUACAGUUUGCAGAUCCUGCCCCUUUUUCAACUUAGAAUAUUAAGAUAAAGGAUCUGUAUGUGGAAUGGUUUCUGACAGACAAGAGCACUGUCAUUUGACUUUUUAAAGGCUCAUUAUGCUUUUGUUUAUAAUAUGGCUCCCUCAUCUUUUGCUCUGAACAUAAAAUCUGUGUAUAUUUUGUUCCAUCCUGUUUUUAUUGACAGUUUGAAGUUAAUUUUUGUAUUGGAGAAUAUUAUUGAUUCCAUUGUUUAUGAUUACCCCCCUUUAUUUCUAUAUCUGUAUAAGUUUAUGUACACUAUUGAAAGUAGUGUAUUUCUAACUAUGUCGUAAUGCAUAACAUCUAAAUGGACAGCUACAUUUUGUGUUUUAACCUAAAAUUACAAGCCUUAUGGAACUUUUAGCAUUGUUUGAAAUUUUAGCAUUAAAAGAAAUCUGUUUAUCUGAAACACAAUUUUAAGUCCAAGGAUAAUAUUUUGUUGUAGUAUAACUCAUAAUUUUACUUUUUAAAUACUUUCUUUAAACAGAUUAAUGUUUAAAAUAAAAAGCAAAGUAUGAGUGUAUUUUUAGCUCACCUGUCACAAAGUGACAAGGUGAGCUUUUGUGAUCGCGCGGUGUCCGUCGUCCGUCGUCCGUCCGUCCGUGCGUGCGUGCGUGCGUCCGUAAACUUUUGCUUGUGACCACUCUAGAGGUCAUAUUUUUCAUGGAAUCUUUAUGAAAGUUGGUCAGAAUGUUCAUCUUGAUGAUAUCUAGGUCAAGUUCGAAACUGGGUCACGUGCCUUCCAAAACUAGGUCAGUAGGUCUAAAAAUAGAAAAACCUUGUGACCUCUCUAGAGGCCAAAUAUUUCACAAGAUCUUCAUGAAAAUUGGUCAGAAUGUUCACCUUGAUGAUAUCUAAGUCAAGUUCGAAACUGGGUCACAUGCCGUCAAAAACUAGGUCAGUAGGUCUAAAAAUAGAAAAACCUUGUGACCUCUCUAGAGGCCAUAUAUUUCACAAGAUCUUCAUGAAAAUUGGUCAGAAUGUUCACCUUGAUGAUAUCUAGGUCAAGUUCGAAACUGGGUCACGUGCCCUCAAAAACUAGGUCAGUAGGUCUAAAAAUAGAAAAACCUUGUGACCUCUCUAGAGGCCAUAUAUUUCACAAGAUCUUCAUGAAAAUUGGUCAGAACGUUCAUCUUGAUGAUAUCUAGGUCAAGUUCGAAACUGGGUCAUGUGCCAUGAAAAACUAGGUCAGUUAAAUAAUAGAAAAACCUUGUGACCUCUCUAAAGGCCACAUUUUUCAUGAGAUCUGUAUGAAAGUUGGUCUGAAUGUUCAUCUUGAUGAUAUCUAGGUCAAGUUUGAAAUUGGGUCACGUGCGGUCAAAAACUAAGUCAGUAGGUCUAAAAAUAGAAAAACCUUGUGACCUCUCUAGAGGCCAUAUAUUUCAUGAGAUCUUCAUGAAAAUUGGUCAGAGUGUUCAUCUUGAUGAUAUCUAGGUCAAGUUCGAAAGUGGGUCACAUGCCUUCAAAAACUAGGUCAGUAGGUCAAAUAAUAGAAAAACCUUGUGACCUCUCUAGAGGCCAUAUUUUUUCAUGGGAUCUGUAUGAAAGUUGAUCUGAAUGUUCAUCUUGAUGAUAUCUAGGUCAGUUUCGAAAGUGGGUCACGUGCCUUCAAAAACUAGGUCAGUAGGUCAAAUAAUAGAAAAACCUUGUGACCUCUCUUAAGGCCAUAUUUUUCAUGGGAUCUGUAUGAAAGUUGGUCUGAAUGUUCAUCUUGAUGAUAUCUAGGUCAAGUUCGAAACAGGGUCAUGUGCGGUCAAAAACUAGGUCAGUAGGUCUAAAAAUAGAAAAACCUUGUGACCUCUCUAGAGGCCAUACUUGUGAAUGGAUCUCCAUAAAAAUUGGUCAGAAUGUUCACCUUGAUGAUAUCUAGGUCAGGUUUGAAACUGGGUCACGUGCCUUAAAAAACUAGGUCAGUAGGUCAAAUAAUAAAAAAACCUUGUGACCUCUCUAGAGGCCAUACUUUUCAUGGGAUCUGUAUGAAAGUUGGUCUGAAUGUUCAUCUUGAUGAUAUCUAGGUCAAGUUUGAAACUGGGUCAACUGCGAUCAAAAACUAGAUCAGUAGGUCUAAAAUUAUUAAAAUCUUUUGACCUCUCUAGAGGCCAUAUUUUUCAAUGGAUCUAUAUGAAAAUUGAUCUGAAUGUUCACCUUGAUGAUAUCUAGGUCAGUUUCGAAAUUGGGUCAUGUGCGGUCAAAAACUAGGCCAGUAGGUAUAAAAAUAGAAAAACCUUGUGACCUCUCAGAGGCCAUAUUUUUCAUGAGAUCUUCAUGAAAAUUAGUGAGAAUGUUCACCUUGAUGAUAUCUAGGUAAAAUUCAACACAGGGUCACGUACCUUCGAAAACUAGGUCAAUAGGUUAAAUAAUAGAAAAACCUUGUGACCUCUCUAGAGACCAUAUUUUUCAAUGGAUCUUCUUGAAAAUUGGUCAGAAUUUUUAUCUUGAUAAUAUCUAGGUCAAGUUCAAAACUGAGUCACAUGAGCUGAAAAACUAGGUCACUAUGUCAAAUAAUAGAAAAAACGACGUCAUACUCAAAACUGGGUCAUGUGGGAAGAGGUGAGCGAUUCAGGACCAUCAUGGUCCUCUUGUUACUGUUAUUUUUUAUAAUUAUGAUACAAUGAAAUUGUUAUGAAGUUUCUAAUUUUAACAAAUUAAAAUUGAUAUUUUUUGCUAGUCUAUACAUGAUACUUUUGAAGUUACAAUUGUUAGUGAAUGAAAUUAUGAAGUAAACUUUUGAAAAAGGAAA